AUGCUCAACAAGUUCAAAAUUUUCAUCUACAAGCCAAAUGCGGCCUUCCCCUACGAAUCUCCAUCUGAGUCGCUCUUCUACACCUUUCUCCGGAGCAGUCCCUUCGCCACUGAAGACGGCGAACAAGCUCACCUCUACUUUGUCCCCUUAUCCUCCAAUGUUCGUAUCAACUCCCUCUCACGCUUCGUUAGGGAGAUCCAGAGGGCCUUACCGUAUUGGAACCGCAUCCUCAGCGUAGACCACGUCUUCAUCUCCUACCGCGGCAACACCACUGAUGGCGACCGGAACGUCCUCGAGCUGAGGAAGAACGCAAUCCAGAUCUCCUGCUUUCCCGCUCCCGUCGGCAAGUUCAUUCCUCACAAAGAUGUUUCCCUGCCUGCGGUCUCCACCUUCAGCGUUGACAUGUCGCUCGAGCCGAAGAACGCAUCAGUGAGAUUCCUCAGCUACCUCCGGCCUGAUCAGAGCAGCGGAGCGAACGAGUCGGCCCUGGUGAAUUAG